AUGCAUUAUACCCACCAGAGUCCUACGAAUGAAGAACAUGGAACGACCGAUGCAGCUCACAAGCGUCAAAGACGAAUGAGACAAAAUGCUAACGCUCAACGACGCCAUCGUGCAGGAGAAACUGAAGAACAACAUAAUAGUAGAUGUAAAAGAGAUGCUACUGCUCAUCGCCAACGUCGACUUAAACCUCGAUUUCUUAAUUUAGCCUGCAAUUUCUCUGAAAAUACGAAUAAUGAUAACCAUCCUAUUCCCCAUAAGAUUCACUCUAACAAUUAUUCUCAUUGUAGUUACUGUAAUGCGCUCAAGUUUCCUAAUGAGAGCCCAGGAAUGUGUUGCAGAAAUGAACCCCGCUACCUCCAGAUGUACAUUUGGGACACUAAACACGAAUUACACCAUCGAAUGAAUGCCAUUCUGAAUUUCCAGCUUAACCAUGCUAUUGUUCAUGAAUUGAAAACCAUGCUUAACGAGUUAAAUCCUUAUGUUUCUCAUCUUCGUUAUAUCUCAGAGCUGCCUAAGAAAAAUAUUGCUAAUCUACGACUCAUGAUCCACACUAACGUUCAUGGAUUAGAUCAAAGAACUCAUAAUGCUCCGACUGCUCCACAAGUUGCUGCGAUCUGGAUUAAUGAAGAUACAGUCUCUGAAAUCCCUCAGAGGCGGGAUAUUAUUCUACACACGAAAAUGGAUAAAUUAGUUCGAAUCUCAGAGUUCACCGGAUAUUACGAUCCUUUAGCAUACCCUCUCCUUUUUCCUUACGGUAAGCAAAGAUGGACUUUUCGCCAAAUCCCUUAUAAAGAACAUCCUUUCCAACCAAUGUCAAAUAACGAUUGUGAUGUUCCCAUAGAUAUUGAUGCUGAAGAGUAUCAACAAAGCGAUGCUGGAGAUAAUGUUAAUCCACAAAAUAGAAUGUUUAUCAGUGCAAUGGA